AUGGUGGUCUGGAAUAGCAGUGAAACUGGGGAGCCCACAUUUAUCCUGAGAGGAUUCCCUGGACUGGAGUAUAUUCAUACUUGGCUCUCAAUCCCAUUCUGUCUGGCAUACUUGGUAGCAUUUGUUGGUAAUAUCAUCAUCCUCUCUGUCAUUUGGAUAGAGUCCUCACUCCACCAGCCCAUGUAUUACUUCCUUUCUAUCCUGGCACUAACUGACCUGGGUAUGUGUCUAUCCACACUUCCCACCAUGGUUUCCGUGCUAUGGUUGGAUGCUCGGGAGAUACAGGCAAGUGCUUGCUUUGCUCAACUCUUCUUCAUCCAUACAUUCACAUUUCUGGAGUCUUCAGUGUUGCUGGCCAUGGCCUUUGACCGUUUUGUUGCCAUCUGCUGCCCGCUGCACUAUUCCACCAUCCUCACCAACAGUGUGAUUGGCAAGAUCGGUUUGACCUGUUUGCUGAGAAGCAUGGGGCUUGUACUGCCCACGCCUUUGCUGCUGAGACGCUAUCACUACUGUCACGUCAAUAACCUCUCCCAUGCCUUCUGCUUGCACCAGGAUGUUCUGAAAUUAUCAUGUUCAGAUGCCAGGAUAAACAGUAUUUAUGGACUUUGUGUCAUCGCCACAAUAGGUGUGGAUUCUCUCUUCAUACUUCUUUCCUAUGUCCUGAUUCUCAAUGCUGUGCUGGGCAUUGCAUCUCGGGAAGAGCAGCUAAAGGCACUCAACACAUGUGUAUCUCAUAUCUGUGUGGUGCUCAUCUUCUUUGUGCCAGUUAUUGGGGUAUCAAUGAUCCAUCGCUUUGGGAAGCAUCUGUCUCUUACCAUCCACAUCCUCAUGGCUGACAUCUACCUGCUUCUUUCCCCGGUGCUUAACCCUGUUGUCUACAGUGUCAGGACAAGGCAGAUUCGUCUAGGAAUUCUCCACAACUUUGGGUUAGGGAGGAGGCUUUAA